UCCGCGUCGGUGAGAAAAAUCAAUCGCCCGAUUCCCGCCUCCGCCGGUCGUCAAGGCAACGCGUAAACAGUGGGGAGACGCGAGCCGAUUCACUCGUCUGUGCAUUUUGUUCGCUGUGUUGUGGUUUUUGUGGAUCUUGGAGAUGGCGGACGAAGCAGCCCCCGGAGCGCCAGUGGAGAAGAUUGUGCACACGUACCCGCUGAUUCGACACAGUGAUAUGAGCGAAGAGAUGCGGUCAGAGGCCCUCGAGCUAUCCGUAACGGCCUGCGAGAAGCACGCCAACAACAACGAGCUGGCGGCGCGCAUGGUCAAGGAGACCAUGGACAAGAAGUUCGGCCCCUCCUUCCAUGUUGUGGUGGGCGAGAGCUACGGCUUCGAGAUCACCUACGAGUGUACCACCAUCUGCUAUAUUUACUUUGGGGGAAACCAGGCGAUUGUGAUGUGGAAGUGCUCUUAGAACUGGAAUUUAGCGAUACAAGCAAGGUCCGCGCAAGUAGUCUGAGGAAUUGAGAAAACGGGGUUGCAUCGAAGGGCUUGGCGGGGGUGUUGGCAAACAGAGGGCUACCUAAGGGUUUGGCCUCAGUGGUGAGCAUCCAGCGUAGCGUGGCGUUGAAGUUUCCAAAGUAUUAUAGCAGCGUGCACUCACACGUCACAUUUGUAUUCGUUUAACGUGAACCCCGCGCUCCAGACCUCGCUCGAAUGUGCAAUCAGCUUGCACGCUUAUGAUUCCUUGGAUUUCGUGCGCGAACUCUGCAGCCAGUAUACAAGGUGUCUAAUAUAGAGCAGUGCGUCAAACAGGAACUAUUCUUAAUUUUAGCUGUUAGCUGUUAUUAUACUUUUUUAAGACAAUUGGCCUAAAAAGCGGCAAUUACAAACGCUGACGCACUGAUGUUUAGAACUGACAUAAACAUAUAUUAUUACUUCUUUUGUGAGAAUAUUAUGUUUAACGUACCUACAGCAUAAAGAAUGACAUUACGUCGGAGUUAUUGUUAACCAGCAAACAAAAUGUAAUGUUAAGCCGUUUAAAACGAACAAAGAUAUUUUCAGUAGGUAGCUAUAUUACCUACUUAUUUUUAGUUGUACCUUUGAUUACCUCGAAGUAGCGUUAAGGCUAUUAUAGUAAAGUAAUGCCUCGAGACGAAAUGUCUGGAACGCCGAUGCAUUCGUAUGUAAAUCCGAACCGCUACAAACACGAGUAGCCUUUAUUAGCAUAAGUCUGGGUAAAUUACUUUUAAAAUUGUUUUCUCUUAGUUAUUUCUGUGAGACACGCGCUGAAUACUGCAUACAAAUUUGUUGUCGAAAGAACACGUUAUAUUUUUAAACAAGCUUGAAAAGUCUUAACCGAUCACGCAAAUUGGUACCUAUUAGUAGUUCAUAUAUAACAUAAUGUAUCCCUCUAAUGGUACUUCCAUAACUGAAACGAAUCUAUAUAUUAUCGAAACCUAAUCAACAUGGCUCAGUUGCGACUUUGAUACAAAACAGGCUGAUGACUGGUACUUAUUCUCCUACCUACUUAGUCACUUCGUAUUAGUACCUUGUCACAGUGACUGCUAAUAUGAAAGCCGCUAAGGGAUCUCAUAUUAUUGUCACUGUGAUACGUAUGUAAAUUCCUUGGCCGUACAUUUAAAGAAAGCAGUAACGUCGUAACGUAAAGAGGUAUGUAUAGGUACCUGUACCUACCUACUUUCGUAAAGUUCUGCGCCAGAUGACACUACAUACUAUUAUGCUAAUAGUAAUAAAUAAUCUGAUUAUUUUGCUAUUUUCCCUUGCUCUAUCUCGUUGUGCUCUAGCAAGAUAUUAUUGCAAAUAACUGUGCUUAAAUAAAUAUUUAUUUGCACCAACUGAAUUAAUACUUAAUUAAAUACUACAAUUAUUACCUAUAUUGCAUUACUCAAGUAUGUAUGAAAUGUUGUAGGCGGAAAAUAAAUUAUACACGCUCACCAUUACCUAUGAGCUCAUCCAAAUUAAGAUAAUGCCAAAUGCACAUAAGAUACAAUCAAUAACGAAUGUAUUUUGAUAAUCCUUAUAGCAUCGUGCGUAUUUCGAUUCAAUUUGGACGAUGUUGAGGCUUGUUUACUUAUAAUAGGGACAAAAUUCAAUUAAAACAUUUUCUUUACCAGAGGUAGAGCAAGGAACAGAUUUGAUGAAUGCUAGCAAACUCCGUAAUUAUCGCAAACCAUUAUUGUAAUAGCUCUAUAACCAUCGAGCGACCUUGUGAGCUCUGUCCAAGAACCGUGGGCAGCGCUGUGUUUCCUAUCACUUAUCUAAACAAUCGCCGAACGCACCAGAAUAGGAGCGACCUUGAAAGACAAGGCAUUUAUACAGAAUAAAAGAAUAUUCUUAAUACUGGACGUCUUAAGACGAUUCGUUUGGAGCUAUGAGAAUAUUCCUCCAGUUUCCAUUGUCCAUUGAGUCAUAUCAAGUCCCCAGAAAUAAUUAUGAAUAGGAAAACCAACAUUAGACAAUUAACUUUAAUCCCUAAAACAACAACAUAACGUCUGUUUUAGCUUGAAAUGGUUUGUGCUUGUUGUAUAAGUACUGGGCAGUUUUUUACAAUUAUUUUGUCAAUUAUACGUACUUUUUGUAAUCGUUAUGAUUUUGUGGGACAAGGUGCGAGAACGUACAAAUGUGGUACAAAUCGAGGCGAUAACAAGAGAUCUAUUUUUUGCAUGACAUUACUUAUAAUAAUAUUCAAUAGAUAUAUUGAUUUAUAUAAUGACUCUUAUAUUUAUGCGAGUGAUGGUGUUGAUAUUAUAAUUAUUUUAUAAAUCUACAAAUAAAUCACUAUAUAUAUUUUGUAGAA